CAGGUUGUGCAUCAUUUUGACAAGUUACAUACUAUUACACGUGAUAUUUAAAUAAUAAUUCUUGUAAAGUAUAAGAAUGGACGCAUAUGAUAUUUUUAAGAAACUAGCUGUUGGAUCAAAAUUCAACAUGCAACGCUUUCAAUCAGAUGCAGAAAAAUUCAAGUUAAUUAAUAAGCAAACUAAAAAUGUACCUAAUGAUGAAGUAGAAACAAAUGGAUUUGUCGAUGUUUGUUCUAAAACAUCUCUUAAAAGAAAAUAUGAGGAUGCCGAGGAAGAAAAGAAAAUUGAUACUUUAACAUUAAUUAAAGGAAUGUCUGUUCCUGUAGAUGGAAGUAAAGUAAAAACCAAAAUGAAUAAAAAUUCUAUGACGGAAGCUAAAAAAAUUAAGUUGGAACGUGAACAGAUUAAUCAAUUUCGUAAUCAGCAUCAUAUAUCAGUCACUGGUUCUCAUGUACCUAAAUCUAUAGCUACAUUUGAUGAAUUAUUAACAGAAUAUCAAGUAUCUAAAAAAUUAUUAAAUAAUAUGAAAGAAUGUGGUUAUGAACAACCAACACCUAUCCAAAUGCAGGCUAUACCUGUUUUAUUACAGAGCAGGCAAUUAUUAGCUUGUGCCCCAACAGGCUCAGGAAAAACAGCAGCUUUUUUAUUACCAAUCAUUCAUCAUUUGAAUGCUCCACAAAAACAAGGCUUUCGAGCUAUUAUUCUAAGUCCUACUAGAGAAUUAGCUAAACAAACAUAUAGAGAAUGUUUACGGCUUAGUGAAGAUUAUGGCUUUAGAAUACAUAUUAUUAGUAAAAUUAAUCAAGCACUUUCUAAAUAUGGCCCUAAAAGUUCACAAAAAUUUGAUAUAUUAAUUACUACACCAAAAAGAUUAGUAUUUUUAUUGAAACAGGAACCACCUGCCAUUUCCCUAGCUAAUGUACAAUGGUUAAUAGUAGAUGAAGCUGAUAAGCUUUUUGAAGAUGGAAUGCGAGGUUUCAGAGAUCAAUUAGAAGCAAUUUCAACGGCAUGUACAAACUCUAAUUUACAUCGUGCAUUGUUUAGUGCAACAACAACACCUGCAGUAACAAAAUGGUGUCGCAAAAAUCUCAAAGGUCUUAUCACUGUUACUGUGGGUCAAAGAAAUUCUGCUGUAGAUCUUGUAGAACAAGAAUUAUUAUUUGUUGGUAGUGAAAGAGGAAAACUUGUGGCUAUUAGAAAUAUUAUACUAAAGGGUAUUGCACCUCCAGUACUAGUAUUUGUACAAAGCAAGGAAAGAGCUCAAGAACUUUUUAGUGAACUUAUUUAUGAUGGCAUAAAUGUUGACGUUAUUCACGCUGAUCGAACUCAGACACAGAGAGAUAAUGUAGUACGUUGCUUUAGAGAAGGAAAAAUAUGGGUGUUAAUAUGUACAGAAUUAAUGGGUAGAGGUAUUGACUUCAAAGGUGUGAAUCUUGUAAUUAAUUAUGAUUUUCCACCAACUACUAUUUCAUAUAUACAUAGAAUAGGUAGAACUGGUCGAGCUGGUCAUAAAGGAAAAGCAAUUACAUUUUUUACAGAACAAGAUACAACAAACUUGAGAAGUAUUGCAACAGUUAUGCGUGCAUCGGGUUGUGAUGUUCCAGAAUAUAUGCUUGCUAUGAAAAAACAUAGUAAAAAAGAAAGGCGAAAACUUGAACGAACUGCUCCCGAACGGGAUACUAUAUUAACAGUACCGAAAUAUAAGCAACAUGUAACAAAAAAGUUGCAUAAAAAAAAUGCUGUAAAUAUUAAAAAAGUUACAAAAAACUCACACUAAAUAUAUCAAUCAGAGAUAUUAAAUAUGCAAAUUUCAUUUUAUUAUAAUAUAUGUCAUGGAAACAAGAUUUGAUAUUGAUUAUAUAUACAUUUUUAUAUGACCAAUAAUAAAAAAUAUAUAAUCUUUUCAAUAUAUUGAAAUAGAAAAAUAACGUAUUUAUAACUAUCAAUAUAAUAUUCUGUUAUGUUUCACAUAGCCAAUCACAAGGCAACUUUGGCAUCUUAUUGGCUGGCCAUGGCAAGUAACCAGCAGUUUUAAAUAUCCAAUAAUCAUAAGAAACUUUAGCUAUUAGACUUAUCAGUAAUAUCACUUCAGUAGCAAUUAUAUAAUAAAUAUAAUCAGUCCAAUCUCCAGGAUAGACACACAUCUUUGAUGGCUCUAAAUCAACCACCUUUUCUUUUACAUUUUCACAUAAAACUUCAUCUGAAUCUAAUAUACGUGUUUGCAGCCACACCUAAAUAUCAAAAUAUAAAAUUAAUGAUAAAAUAUAUUAGAAAUAAAAUUAUCUUAUAAUCUCUUUCUUACCUUUAAAUAUUUAGCAGUAUUACAAUCACAAUGCAAUUCAUUUCCACCAAGUUUAACUAAUCGAGAACUUCCAAAACUUUUGUCAUGUACAUUCAGACUUAAAAUAUAAGUUGGAAGCUGCAAGAUCAAAAUACUGCAUAGUUACAGAUAAUAAAAUAUAUACAUUCAUUAUAAACAUAAUUAACAAAAUAUUACCGAUUUAAUUUUAUUAUAUCUUAAACUGAGUAAUGCAUAAUUGUCUAAAAACUUGGAACCUUCUAAUUUAUUGAUUGAUGAUAUGUUAUUAUAGUCAGCAUAAAAUUCACGUAUAUCUUCAUAAGAUGGAUUGGUACUCAAAUCAUCUAAUACUGUGAUCUAUGAAUAAGAUUAAAAUAAGAAGUAACAAAUUUUUUUUUUAGUAAUAGAUGAAGAAAUAUUAAAUACAUACAUUGUUAUAAGAAACAUUUAGUGCUAUAGUGUUGCGUGGUAAUUUAUCCGGUAAUUCUGUUAAUUGUAUACCACUGCAAUCUACAUUUACUGCUAAUGUAGGUGGUUUUCCUUCAACUAUAUCUAAUCUUCUAAAAUUACAUUGACAUUGCCAAGUAUCACCUUUUGGACACUCUGUCUGCAACUAAAUAUAAAAUAAUUUUUAUGAUCUGUAUUACAUAGAAAUAUAUAUAUAUAUUUUUUUAAAUAAUUCAUAAAUAAACAAUAAAAAAUAAUUAAUA